AUGGGUAUUAAAAUUAUCGGAUUUGGUAAAUCACCCAUUACUCUUAGAGUAAUUCUUACCCUUCAAGAGUUAGGUCUAGAACAUGAAUUUGAAGAAGCUGUUUACAAUGAAAUGAAAUCACCUGAAUUUCAUACCACAAAAAAUCCAUUGGAAAGUCCCAGAACCAAGAAUUCUACAAUUUUGAUUCCAAAAGAUAUACAAAAGGCCACUUUGGUUGAACAAUACUUAUCGGUUGAAAAAAUUGUUGCUGUAAAAUAUAUGGGUAAAGAAGCUAAUGCUGAAAAGGUCAAAGAAGCAAAAGAAAAACUUGAACAGACAUUGGAUGUCUAUGAAAAAUUUCUCAAGGGAAAAGAUUAUUUGACUGGUGAAUAUUCUUUAGCCGAUAUUAUCUAUGUGCCUAAUCUCUUUGCUAAUAUUCAUAAAACUAGUGUUAAAGAUAUAUAUUAUGAUACUAAAAGACCCAAUGUUAUUAAAUGGGUGAAAAAUCUUCUCGAAACACCUACUUGGAAACAAAUAGCAGCAAAUCUUAAUUCCAAUUAA